AUGGAAGACUUCGUAGAAUGGGGUCGAGAAUUCGGCGUCGAUUUUACAAAAUUUUCAAUUCAAAAAAUAGAGAAUCAAGGCUUCGGAGUCGUGGCAAAGAAGAGCAUUUCUUAUGGAGAGCCGCUGAUAGAAAUUCCCGAAGAAAUUAUCAUCACGCUUGAUAAAGUACUGAAGGACAGAAGGAUACAGGACGUUUUGCGAUAUGGAAAACAAUUUGAAAAGGUCGAUUCGAUGGACAUGUUUUUGCUCUUUUUGACAAUCUACAGAUUUGAAGAAGAUUCGUUCUUUUGGAAGAAAUACUUCAGAAUUCUCCCGGAAGAAUACGGCCUGCCGAUUUUUUGGGAAGAGAAGUACAAGUCCUGUCUUCCAAAAAGCUUCCAAAAGAUGCUGUCAAAAGAGCGGGCGAUUUAUGAGAAACGCUUGAGCUUCGCAAAAGAAAUGUGCCCUGAAAUCAAAGAUGAUGAUUUCAAAUGGGCCUGGAGCGCGUUUUUAACGAGAAAUGUCAAGGUCUCACAUGCGGAGUACCUCAAAAGAGCGGAUGAUUCUGCUUGGAAAAGACCUUCAUGGUUGCAAGAGGGGGAUUAUGACGACUCGGCGCUAGUGCCGUUUUUCGACCUGAUCAACCAUACGGAAUCCGCAAGCGUUCAAUAUAUCUACCAAAGAAGGGACGAAAAAUUCAAGCUAACUGUAAAACAAGAAAUUUGCGAAGGAGAUCAGAUUUUUAUCAAUUAUGGAACGUAUGGCUCGUUUGAUAAACUGAUGGAUUAUGGUUAUGUAGAAGGUGGUAUGCCGAAUUUCAACGAGAGUUUUUUCGUUGAAAAAGAAGAAAUUCUAGAAGUGUCGAAAAAGCUCAAGAUUUCACUGCCAAAUGCGUCGGAAAUUGAAGACAUAAAAGAGAAUUCCUUUGAAAUCUUUCGUGCAUCAGUCUCGCCGCAGAUGGAAGAAUUUCUCGAAAUUCUAACGAACGAAAACGAAGAAGCAGCUGCUCAGAUCAAGAUAGAGCUCUUUUCGGAUAUCAUUCAGAAUAUUCGGAAGAAUCUUUUGAAUCUUGGCACGGAUUUCGGCGAUGAGAUUGUUUUCUGCAGAAGAUUGUAUAAGAAAGUGUAUACGAUGAUAAGUGAUAUUUUGUACGACUGA